AUGUCUCGCAGCCCAGCCCCCCCUUUCCUUCGCGUCCCUCCACCUCCACCCACCCUGAUCCCUCGCGUCACCCCGCGCCGUCGUGGACCUCCGCGCCUCGCCCGUCGCCCAGGCCCGCGCCUAGCGUGUCGCCCAGGCCCGCGCCUAGCCCGUCGCCCAGGUCCGCACCUAGCCCGUCGCCCAGGCCCGCGCCUAGCCCGUCGCCCAGGCCCGCGCCUAGCCCGUCGCCCAGGCCCGCGCCUAGCCCGUCGCCAAGGAACGCGCCUAGCCCGUCGCCCAGGCCCGCGCCUAGCCCGUCGCGCUUAG